AGAGGGGGAGAGAGAGAGAGAGAGUAUGUGUAUUCUGGUUCUCUAAUAUCCGAGGCAACGAGAGAACGGCAAGCAGUCGUCGGGCUAGGUCAGGCAGUCGUACCGUGCCACGUACACGUGAAUUGGACUUACUUCCGCGUAUAUAUUCCGCCUAUUCAGGAAUUCAUUACGGCCGAUUCUACGCUCGCGGAGAUUUACCGGAUACGGAACCGCCUCGGAGGGCAAGCGAAUAUCAGGCAUUUCGAAUCGGGUUCCAGCUCGUUGAAGACGACCUGAAUUCGCCUUCGAGCUCCAAGAAGACAGAGAUAGAGAGAGAAAGGGAUAGAGAGAAGGAGAGAGAGAGAGAGAGAGAGAGAGAGAGAGAGAGAGAGAGAGAUAACGAGUAAGAAGAUAAAGGUCUUUUCGUGGGUCGGAUUGCCGAUAAGGAACGCAGUUCGUUCUUUCUUCUUCGUUGAGGAGAGAUACCGGAAUACAACGAGAUGAUUCGUAUAAGCCGCUAAAAUGCUCGGAUUAUCAACUGGCGCUAUUCGUGGAUAACGAAAAACGGGAAAUUGAAAUCGAGUAGAGAUAUUUGAUUCUCGUUUUCGGAGCCAAGCUACCAUGAAGAUUUCCAAGUAUCGACGGUGGCUUUAACGAAUAACAGUGAGAGGUAAGGGUGGGAGAUGUUCGAUCAAAGUCCCAGAAACAGAUCCAAAAAGGAAUGGAUCUUAUGAAAACUUCAAAAGUAGACCUAUAAAAGGCAACGAGCUAUCUUAACAGUUCAUUCUCAUAUCGAACGAUCACCGGUAUAUAACAAUAAGUGUUACUUGCUAACCAAAUCUUUUCAUCAGAAAGCAAACAGAGAAAAUUCGAGUAGUAAAGAUGGCUUUCGAAAAAUUACUCGCCAUCACGGUAAUCGUUUCGACUGUAAUCCUGAGAACCGUGAAAUCCGAUGGUCAUCAUGCACAUUCCUUUCAACAUUUUCACGGUCCGGUCAUCGGUGAAAAUCAGGAAGUGACGUGGAAGGACAAACAUGGUCAUCAUCAUCACGAUUACGUAGCCCAUCCUCACUACGAAUUCUCUUACGGUGUCGAGGAUCAUCAUACCGGUGAUUAUCAUGGACAAAAGGAACAUCGAGAUGGCAAAAAAGUAAUCGGUGAAUAUACCGUAAAGGAACCAGGUGGUAAUAUUAGAACUGUCAAGUAUCACGCAGGAAAGGAUGGUUUUUACGCUCACGUACACAACAGCAAUGGAAUCGAUCACGAAUAUGGGAAACACCAUUAGAAGAUAUAACGUUCGAAGUCUCGACAUACAUAAAUGCAUAUCAUAUAUAUCCUAUAAUAUCUUACGCUAUCCAUUUCCAUUACCAAAGAAACCUUAUUCCUAUCUUACUUGUUAUUCUGUAUUAUUUUCUUUCGAGGAAACCCAUUAAAUAAUAUUAAAUCUCAUAUAUCACAAAUCGUGUAAUUUUUUGUUCGUUAACUUAAUGAACGAAUGAAAUAGGGAAGAUAAGAAUUGGAAUACGAAUAGAAGAAACAAAAAAAAAAAAGAAA